UUAUUCGUGAAUUAAUUCAUGAAUUAAGAAAAGAUGAACAAAUUAAGCGAAUUGAAUUAUUUGCAGAAGCUGAUAAUGAAAUUGGUUUAAAUUUUUAUAAAAAAGUUGGUUUUCAAGUAGAAGGAUGUUUAAAAAGAUAUAUGAAACGAGCACAAGAUGAUCAUUUUGUUGAUGAACUUGUUUUGGCAAUGAUUUUUGAUUAG